GCGGGGGGGCUCAGAGCGUUUGUUAGACGUGUUGGCGUUCAGCCCAACUUGGCUCAUUGUAAUCAAGGCAUGAUCGUGGACCCCAGCCUGCUGCCUCUGCUGCCCCGGCCGCCUCGCAUUUGGACUGAGCCCAGCUUCUACCGCUGACAUGGACAGAGCCAGCCCCAGCGAAAUGCUGCCCAAGAGGGAGCAGAGAGACAAGGAGCUGGACAAGAAGAUCGAGGCCCUGCGCCAGAAGAACCAGGCCCUCAUGAGGAGGUACCAGGAAGUGGAGGAGGAUAAGAAGAAGGCGGAGGAGGAAGGGAAAGCCCUGCAGAACCGGAAGGGCAAAGCGGACGACCUGACCAUCACCAUUAACAAUUCCACCACUGAGCCCCGUGUGGUGGUGACCCGGCCAGGGCCUGGGCUGUGUGGGGAGGACUGUCCCCCGGGUGCGGGGCGAGCCAGGUCGAGGCAGCUGCUGGUCACCAUGGCAGGGAACCACACCAAGGGGGUGAAGCGGGUGGUGAGUGAGAGGAUGACCAGGAGGGGGCCGGCCCCCCACAACCACCCCCUGGUGGACAGGCCCCCGCGGGCACCCUUGGAGGGCAGAGCCAGGCCCCCCUACGGGGGGGAGACAGGAUCGCAGGAUGAGGUGAGGCAGGACCAGAGGCAGGACCAGAGGCAGGACCAGAGGCAGGACCAGAGGCAGGACCAGAGGCAGGACCAGAGGCAGGACCAGAGGCAGACAGAGGAGCGUUAUAGUGUGUUGGAGUGUGAGCCGUACUACCAGGAUGCAGAGCUGCAGGGCCAGACUGAGCUCAGCCUCUCCAGAGAGGAGCAGCAGGAGUACCUGCGCUGGAAGAAGGAGCGCGAGCAGAUCGACCGAGAUAGAGUUGCUCGCCACAAAAACGCCAAGGGCCAGUGGAGACGAGCCUGGGACCUGGACAAGACGGAUCACAUGUUUUCAGAUAAAUCCCCUGGAGAGAGAGACAGAGGGCCUCAAACUAGAGGUGGGAAGAGUGCAAGGAAAGGUUAUCCCAAAUCAGUUGCUGACUCUGGAGGCCACCAUACAAGGGGCAAAGGAGACGAGGGGGGCAAGAAGGUUCCUGUGGUGGGCAGCAAGGCCAAGGGCAAAGAUCGUCUGACUGGACGCGCCAGAAGAUGGGAUGCUGACGAGGACGGGGGUCUCUCACGGGCUUCUCAGACGAGCUUGGAAGAGUUUCUGGAGGAACUGGACGCCCUGGGAGACCCAGAAGGGGACCAGCCCAUAGCAGAGACCCCAAGGGUCACAGAGGGUGACCUCAAAACAGAGUCUUCACCUCUUCUGGAUGUGGUCAGCGAGGAGGAGGAGGGGGUUGGGGUUGAGCAGCUGCCUGGGCCCCCCAGCUCUCUCCCAGACAGCGCUCCUGAAGGUGAGACCGAGGCUGCGUCUCAUAAGAGCCCCGAAAAGAAAGUUCGCUUUUCAGACGAGCUCAUCCAAGAGGCCCGUCACAACAACACCUCCCCUAGCAACACCUCCCCUAGCAACACCAGACAUGAGUACGAGGAGCCCACAGAUACCCAGGAAGCCGGUGACCCUCAGGACCAAGCAGAGCGACCUGCUGGAGAAUCCCAGACACAGAGCUCUUUGGUCAGGCAAGGACAGCCGCCAAAAGCCCCUGAACCUCCUACGGCUCCCAAGACAGACUGUGACGAUGUCUGCAGUCCUGCUCCCAGCUCCCCCACGGAGGAGAGAGCCUGUGGCCCUCCCCAGGACGUCUCUCCCCAGGACGUCUCUCCCCAGGACGUCUCUCCCCAGGACGUCUCUCCCCAGGACGUCUCUCCCCAGGACGUCUCUCCCCAGGACGUCUCUCCCCAGGACGUCUCUCCCCAGCCUCUAGAGCACGCCAAGAGCAGCGGCAGGAAGGCAGAGGAGCUUCUAGACUCCAGCCUGUCUGUUCUGACCCUGGAGUCAGGAGAGAUGAACCCAGCACACACCACCAGCACUGAUAAGGCCAGAGAGCAUGGGAGGAUUGUCUAAAGGACUUGAAAUGUUGAAAUCUCAGUCUGUAUCAGAAGGAAAACUAAACCUGGAGGAUUUCCCACAAGCCGUUUAACAGAUGAAGCACCUGCUUCCAUUCACUCUUUAUUUGUAAUUGAGAAAGAUAACUCAAACUUGAGUUUGGAAGAAUCCAAGAUGGUUGAUGUUUUAGACGAGAAUGAUUAGAGCAUAGGGUCAUAACAAAUGACUAAAAGCAUUUUCCUUUCUUUAAAAAAAAAAAAAAAAAGAACUUGGCUUACAAGCACUUUAUUCUUUGAUGUAAGAGUAUUGAUGAGCUCUACAUGACUGUAGCGCGUCAUUUGAAUUGAAGACAUGAAACGGCUGUCUUUGUUUACAUUUGAAGUUUUAUUUAAAGGUUCUACAAACAUUAAAGUUGAUGUAAAUGAAGGUUCAGUUCAUGAUAGCUAAUCAGUUUGACUUGGACCGCCUGGCCUUGAGCUGACUACAUCCAAGUGUCGUGCCUGACUUUGCCUUAGUGGUCAUUUAAAUAAUUGUAUGUAAUUAGCAUUAUAUGCUGAUAAUACUCUAUGCCUUCUGUGUUGAUUACUUAAGGUCAGAUCACGGGCUCCAUUUGCAUUUAUAAGCUAUCGAUUGAUGCAGUAUUCACCCUUUCAUUCAAAUAGUUUACAGUUUCAGAACAUCUUUAUUUUAACUGUAAAAAACACAAUACAAGUGCAUUAUGAUAUGGAGUAGCCAUACUGUGUA